GAGCGGCGUCGGCCAGCCCAGCACUGCAGGACCAGCACCUCAGUACGGCCUCGACCGUGGCCAGUGAAGGACGUGUUGGUACAGGUGGCCUUCUACCCACUCUCUCACAGGACCCACGCUCACACUCGCCCUCCCCCUUCGUCAGUAGGUUGUGGACCAUCAAGAUCUGACAGCGAUUGAGGUGAGUGUCGAGUCCACGAGCUUCUCUUGCGAAACGUAACAGCUGUGCCCCGUGAGGGUGAUGGGAGGGUGGUGGGGGCGCUACACCUCUGGUGAGCCGCCCAGCAGACAACGCUGUCCCCUCGUCUACCUGCCCAUGUUGGUAGUGGUGGUGCUCUCGUGCUGCUGCUGCUCGGCGCUGGUGACGGCGGGGGACACUCACCAUGACUACUGCAUCAUCGGGGCGGGUCCUGGCGGUCUCCAGAUGGGCCACUUCCUCCACAAGGUCGGCAGGGACUACGUCAUCUUCGAGAGAGCCAACCACUCCGGUAGUUUCUUCAGCACGUACCCUCGCAACCGCCGCCUCAUCAGCAUCAACAAGCGCUACACCGGCAGGAGCAACCAGGAGUUCAACUUAAGACAUGACUGGAACUCCCUCCUGUCUGACGAUCCCUCCCUCCUCUACAAGCACUUCUCCGCCGAUUUCUUCCCCGAGGCGGACACGAUGGUGCGUUAUCUGAACGAGUACACGGUUCGCCUGGGGCUGCGGGUGCAGUACAACACGGCGGUGCAGCGGCUGCGGCGCAUGCCAGGCUCAGGCCAGCGUCCAGGAGGCUACUUCACCAUGCGCGACCAACACAACCGACCCUACACCUGCAAGUAUGUCAUUGUGGCUACGGGACUUAGUAUGCCCAACUCCCCGACCUUCCCCGGGUCAGAGCUGGUACAAGGUUACGAGGACGUGGAGAAUGACCCCACCUACUUCGAGGGCAAGAGUGUGCUCAUCCUUGGCAGGGGUAACGCAGCGUUCGAGACCGCCGACUCCAUCUACGGCAGCACCAGCACCGUCCACAUGGUGUCGAGGUCACGGACCAGACUCUCCUGGAACACUCACUACGUCGGCGACCUUAGAGCCAUCAACAACGGACUCCUGGACACGUAUCAGCUCAAAUCCCUGGAUGGACUGCUGGAGGCGGCUGUAGAGGACAUGGUGUUGGAACGUCGUGACGGCCGCAUCUUCGUUCAGUUCCCCUGGGACGCUGAAUCCCGCAAAUACGUACUGGCGAAGAAAGAACUUGGAGAGGAGGUCACCACGGAGAGUGACUUCGACAACUUCUCACUGAGGGAAGGCUACGACCACGUCAUUCGCUGCCUCGGCUUCAACUUCGACUUCUCCAUUUUCGAGAAUUCUACUCUUCCCGGGCGGUCGACAAAGAAGUCCAAGUUCCCAGGGAUCAAACACACUUACGAGGCCCAGAACGUACCUGGACUCUUCUUUGCUGGCACCAUCACUCACUCCCUCGACUACCGCAAGUCUGCCGGUGGCUUCAUCCAUGGAUUUCGGUACACAGUACGUUCUCUACAUCGCCUGCUGGAGUGGCGUCUCGAGGGUCAACGGUGGCCUGUGAAGUCUUACUCGACUCGUGAUCUGCUCAAUGUGCUGGUGCGCCGCAUCAACGAAGCCUCCGCUACCUACCAGAUGUUUGGUGUCUUAUCUGAUAUCGUCCUCCUGAGCGAUGGAGGUCAGACUUUUGAAUUUUUGGAGGAGUUCCCGGUGCAGUUGCUGUCACGCCUAGAGGAGCUGACAGGACGGAAGGUUGGGGAGGUGAUAGUGGUUCUCAUGGAAUACGGCCCCGAUUUCUCUGGCCCCGACAAGGACACUUUCAAAAUAGGCAGAGCCAUAGGUGACCCAGCUGAGGCCCAUCGCUCCAACUUCCUGCACCCCGUCUUCUACUAUUACAAGAAGAUCCCAACAGAAUCUGAGAUGAUGAGUAAGUGGGGUAAGUUAAUUCUGCCGCGUCCCACUCGCAUCCACCACGUGCUGGAGGACUUCCUGACACUGUGGACGGCCCAGCAGAGUCAUAUCCUUCUCCUGAGGCGCUUCCUUGAGUAUGUCACCGGAAGAGACCUUCGUCACCACCACGCCCACUCCUGCCUCGCUCAUGCUCUUACCAAUGGCCAUCCACCUCCUUUAUGUUCUCUGGAUGGUAAACGCAGCGUCUGGAACAUCCACACGCUCGCCUCUCCACUCACAAAUACGUCUAAGGGAAGUGAGUUCGUUGCACCUGCAGUAAACUUGACCUCGGCAGUGCCAACUUCACAGAGGCCCUCUCCGGCUGCCACACUUGCUGCCGCCACCUCCUGAAGACUCUGGCAGGAGCACCUCAAUGUUCUCCUGGGUUAAACCAGUAUUGCCUUCCUUGCAAUAUGUCAAAGGGAUAAACAAAGUAUAAGGAAUAUUAAGGCAAAUGUAACUACUGCAAAUAAACUCAAUGAGUUUGUUAUUUUAUACUCUUAACCAUAUUCAAACACAUGUGUACACCCAUGAGAGGAUGUGUACAUGGAACUACACAAGAGCACAGAAAUAACAUACACAACAAGUUUUCACACUUAAUUAACAUGUACACACGCCUUUAAAUGUCUUUCUGGUUAUGGGAUAAGACUCAACAAAGGUACACAUUUUUUUCAGUUCCAAGCACAGCCAAUAAAGGCCAUAAAGUCACGUUAUGUUAAAAAAGUCUGAGGUAUGUUCAUGUAAUUUCAUGAAGUGAAUACCUUAUAGGUACGAAUUAUGUUUACUUAAGGAAUCUUUUGUUAUUAGUGGAAAACUUCUCCUAAAGUGUUUUUCUUUUUUCCUUUUUUGGCGAGAAAAAAAUUAAUGUACACUUUUUCAUGCUUACUUAUUAGGAUUAUUAUUAGUUUGUCUUACAUUCACUUGUACAGUAAAAGAAUUAUUACUAGUAUUAGUUUUACCUUCAGUUAUACUGUAUAAGCAUCAUUAUUAUAUUCUGUUCACUCGAAUUUUGCAAAUGAGGUCUAGGGUUAGUUUGUAGCAACGUUGUUUGUUGAUCUCUGAUAAUUUCCACUCUUGGAGAAAUAAAAAUUGGCAAGUGAAA